AUGCUGCGACGGCAGGUGCAGCUAGUGCGGCAGUUCUAUCAAAGAAGCCGAGAUCCUUGCGGGGUGCGCAUCCGGGAGGGCCUGGCCAUGGGGGUCCUCAUGGCCAUGGUGCUCAUGGUCCUCAUCGCGGUCCUCAUGGCGGUCCUCAUGGCGGUCCUCAUGGCGGUCCUCAUGGUCCCCAUCACGGUCCUCAUGGUCCUCAUGGUCCUCAUGGAGGAUGGCAUGGUCCACCCCCUCCACCUGCGGCUUGGGGACAUGGCGGUGGAGGGGGAUACGGCGGCAGUGGAUCAGGUGGCUCAGGCGGUGGAUGGUUCCCACCACCUCAUGGACCAUGGCAUGGCCCACAUGGCCCACAUGGCGGUCCACAUGGCGGUCCACAUGGCGGUCCACAUGGCGGUCCACAUGGCGGUCAUGGCGGUCCACAUGGCGGUCAUGGCGGUCAUGGAGGUCAUGGUGGUCAUGGUGGUCCUCAUGGGCCCAGGUGAUCGUUUUCUGUGGAGCUGUUCAGGUUGUUCAACAUGUUUGGGCAAAACGGCAUUUAUAGGAGUUCGCCAAUUUUUGGGCUCGCAUAUGUCGAUGCCCGUCGAUGUCAGUGUACAGCCAUACAUCGGAUCGCAAGACUCUUUUGGAACCGGAUCUUGCAUGUGA